GGGCGCUGCUGUUCAGCGAGCCAAUCGGCAGGCAGUCGGAGCCGGGCUUGCCCGGGCAUGUGGCAGCUGCCGGUCCGGGGUCCACGUGCGGGCAGGAAGAGACGUAGGGGACGUUAGGGUGCUGCCCCAUUGGAAGAUCACCCUCCAGGAUUCCCUUGCCCAGAGCCAGGAGUGGGCUGAGAUGGUGCCUCGGGAAGCCCCCGAAUCUGCCCAGUGCCUGUGCCCUCCCCUCGCCAGCCCAAAUGCCAAGGAUAUGCUUCGGAGAAGGCACAAGAGGAGGAGCCGGCAGCACCAGCGGUUCAUGGCACGGAAAGCCUUGCUGCAGGAGCAGGGGCUGCUGAGCAUGCCUCCGGAGCCAAGGUUCUCCCCAUCGCCCACGCCGUCAGAGGCUCCGCCAGGUGCUGCCGCCACCAGCAGUGGGGGUCCUCGUCCACGUGCUGAGUCUGGCAGCACCUCAUGCAGCAGAGAGCCAGCCCCCAAAAGCGUCGCCUGGCCCUUGCCUAGCAAGUUCGUGGCCAUUGACUGUGAGAUGGUGGGCACGGGGCCCUGUGGACGGGUGAGCGAGCUAGCCCGCUGCUCUGUGGUGAGUUACCAUGGCGACGUGCUCUAUGACAAAUAUAUCCGGCCUGAGAUGCCCAUAGUGGACUACCGCACCCGCUGGAGCGGCAUCACUCAGCAUCACAUGCACAAGGCCAUCCCCUUCCGGGUGGCCCAGAAAGAGAUCCUUAAGCUCCUAAAGGGCAAGGUGGUGGUGGGCCAUGCCCUGCACAAUGACUUCCGGGCCCUCAAGUACGUCCACCCUCGGAGCCAGACCCGCGAUACCACUUAUGUUCCAAGCCUUCUCAGCCCACCUGGCCUCCACUCCCGGGCCCGGGUCUCCCUGAAGGACCUGGCCCUGCAGCUGCUGCACAAGAAGAUCCAGGUGGGCCACCGUGGGCACUCGUCGGUGGAAGAUGCCAUGACAGCCAUGGAGCUCUACCGGCUGGUGGAGGUGCCGUGGGAGCAGCAAGAGGCCAGCAGCGCCUGGGCCCACCCCGAGGACAGAGAGCCUGACAGCAGCACAGACGUGGAGCAGUACAUGGAGGACCAGUACUGGCCGUAGGACCUGGCCCCAGGCAGCGGAGGAGGGGUGGGGCAGGCACAGGACAGAAGGGAGUAAGGAUGAGGAGAGGCUCCCGGCUGCCUUCCAUGUGUACGUGUGGGAAGUAGGGGCCAGGAGGGCACGGGGCAGCUCAUCCUGGGCAGGACAGGAUGCCACCAGCCAGCCCUGAGAGUCAGGAGUUGGGGCCAUUGUCUGUCCUCUUGACUCACUCUGCCACAGCUCAGCCCUCUGCUGGUUUUCUCCUUGGGUCGUAUGGUUUGCCUAAUGGCACUUUACAGAUGCCAUGGAGAUGUCGGGUGGACUUUUCCUGGGCCCAUCCGGAAUUGGGGAUAUGCCAACAUUGUCCCAGGCUGUCACUGGCCUUCCCUCUCCCUCCACCAACCAGGUCUCCUAAGGUUACCGUGCUGUGCCAUCUAAAGAGAUAAUUCCCCCGGGGGGUGGGGCUGAGAAUGUCACUAUCUAGUAUCCAGGAGCUUCCUUGGUGACUUGGAGUAAAGUUCUGUUCUUGUCAUUGCCACCUACCUCCUCCUCCAGAGCCAUUUUUGAGUUCAGAGUAAAUACGCCAUGAACUAAUAGAGUUAAGGUCUCUGAAGAAGAUGUUUCUUCCCCAUCUCUCUGAACUGGAACUCUGGGUACAGCCAGUGUCACUUGGAGCACCACCAUGUGGCUGUCACCUCCCUGCUAGGCUGUAGUGGAGUGGCCUCUGCCACAGGCUGCCCUUGAGUUGCUGCCCCUCAUUUGGCAUUGAAGUCAGCAGGCACAACUGGAGGAGGAGGAAAAGCAGACAGGCUUUGGAUGAAGGCUGUGGCAUGUUUAUUUUGACCUAUGUCAGGGAUUGCCCCUGCCUGCCCAGCGCUAGGAGUCCCUGGGUGGUGUAAACGGUUAAUGUGCUUGGCUACUAACUGAAAGGUUGGAGGUUCAAGUCUACCCAGAGAUGCCUUGGAAGAAAGGGCUGGCAAUCUACUUCCAAAAACUCAGCCACUGAAAACCCUAUGAAAUGCAGUUCUGCUCUGACAUACAUGGGGACGCCAUGAGUCAGAAUUAACUUGACAUCAGCUAGUUUGACUGGGUUUUGUUUGGGUACCCAGCACUAGGCUUUCAUGAGCAGAAGCCUGAGAAACAAGACAGUGGUUUGAAUUCUGGGGACUCUGAGACUGUCGUGGACUCUGUCCCCUAUAGACAGUGCCUGCACUUGGGCUGCAGCCCUUAGGCGCUUUGACAAUCACUGUGAUUGUUGGAUUUUCUCCUUAUUUCUAAAAAUAUUUUCUGGAUUUCAUCCCCACUCCUCUCUCCUUUCCUUGUUUCCUUAGGGGCAGUUUGAGGGACUAGGGUAACCAAGAGCUCAGGUCACACAGACCCUGUUUCAAGCCCUGACUUUGCUUGCCACUUUGCUGGCCUUGAGACCUCAUGCAAGUAUGUAACUUCACUCUUGAGCCUGUUUCCUCAUUUGUAGGAUGGGGCGAUGAUACAACCUACCUCAUAGGGUUGUUAUGAGGAGUCAGUGCUGAGUGCUUACCACAGUGCGUGGCACGUGGUAAGCCUCAGUCAAUGUGAGCUGCUGUUUCUUUAAGGAUUAGAUUCAGCCUUUUCAGGAGGUUGAAAACCUGAACACUGAGCCCCUCAGGUUGGGCAGCCUUGGCCCAGAUAGAGAUGUUCUUGAAAAUCCCAGCAGGUGGGGCCUGGGGUCAGGGCGAGACACAGCGUGGAGGUUCAGGGGUUCUAACUGCUCUCCUCAGUGUUGUCUCUGGCCACCAGGGGCUGGUUUCUUGUCACUGUUCACGACUGUGUGCAGGAUAGAUAAAUAGAGGCGAUAACAGUGGUUCUUCAUAUUGUUCCGGGCAAAGCAGAGGGGUCAGAAGGCAGCCACUACUGAAAGGACACUGCUCUGCUCUUCAUUUGAGGAGCCAGCUCUGCGUGAACCCGGUGUCAGAAAUGGUUUCCGGCAGAGUCCCUCCCUUUCAGCACACAGAGUAGGGAGCUGGGGGGGACCAUUUCCUGCUGUUGGCCUGGCUUCAGGAAUUUGUUCUGGAGUUCCUUAAGUCUGCAGCUGACACCAGAUUCAAAGCUGAGCGGUUGCUUCUGUCCUUUGGAGUGUGGAUUGAAGAGCUGAUCCAGGCGGAUGGAGCUGUGACCAGUGGGGAAAUGGGUUGUACAGGGUUUAAAAUCAACUUUUGUUGUAAAACCCUCUGUUCUGGAAUAAAACUCAAUUGGGAAAGUGA